CUUCGGACCUCUCCUCGCGGGGAAAUGCUCCUUCACGGAAAUGACGCAAAGGAUCUACGACUCGCACCCGAACCAUAGGUACUUCGGAUUCUACCAACUCGUGCUACCGGUACUUAUGGCAAGAGAUCCCGAACUGAUAAGGAAGAUCUGUGUGAAAGGCCAUGACGUAUUUCCUCACCAUCGAAGCGUACUUUUGGAUGAGGUAGAUCCCCUCCUGGCUAAAAGCAUCGCGUUCAUGAAAGGGGGCGAAAAAUGGCACAUGCUGCGGGCAACGUUGAGUCCAACAUUUACCGGCAACAAAAUGAGGCUCAUGUUUGACAUGAUCCAGGAUUGUGCGGAUCAGUUUGUUGAAUACUUCCGAAACAAAGGUGAACUGGUUGAGGUUGAAAUGAAGGAUAGCUUUACACGUUUCACGCAUGACGUUAUUGCGAGUACGACCUUUGGUGUCGUUUCGAAUUCUUUAAAGGAUCGGGACAAUGAGUUUUAUACUAUGGGUCUAAGGGCUUCGGAGUUAACGCCUUUCAAAGGGUUAAAACUGUUUUUGCAAAGCUUCAGUCCGGUAGUGUCUCAGAUACUAAGCUUAAGGGUGAUUUCAAAGGUAGUAGAAGACUAUUUUCUGAGUUUUCUAAGACGCAUCAUGGCGGAACGAAGAGACGGGGGAAAGUUUCGGGUGGAUAUGUUACACUUGCUAAUGGAAGCCAAGAGUGGUACGCUCAAGGAUGACCCAAAUGACGCGAACAUCGGGUUCCUUUCAGUGGAAAAGUUCGCGUUGCCCAAAAUACAAACCACAAAUAAACCUCGUAUCACAGACGAAGACAUCGCCGCCCAAGCAUUCGCAUUUUUCAUGGCGGGAUACGACACUCCUUCUACGGCAAUGUCCUUCGCCACCUACGAGCUAGCUGUCAACGUGCCCAUCCAAAAACAUCUUCAACGUGAAAUCGAUGCAACUUUAGAAAGCUGUAACGGAAAACUAACUUACGAAGCCCUAAUGGGAAUGGCAUAUUUGGAACAAGUAGUCUGUGAAACUCUUCGAAAAUGGCCCCCAGUUCCAGUCACCGACAGGUGUGCCGAAACACCUUUUACGGUAGAAGCCGAGUCCGACCAAGGGAAGCCGGUUCACUUUGAAAAGGGUACCAUAUUUUGGAUUCCAAUUUUUCCAAUCCACAGAGAUCCAAUGUACUACCCCAACCCCGAAAUGUUCGACCCGGAAAGGUUUCACAAGGACAAUAUCAAGAACAUUAAACGAAAUACUUUUCUUCCGUUUGGGCUAGGGGUGAGAAAUUGUAUAGGUUUCCGCUUUGCUCUUCUGGAGAUAAAACUAAUACUUUUCAAGAUAUUGAGUAGCUUUGACGUUGUUGUGACGGAUAAAACUCAGAUUCCGCUCGUAAUGAGCAAGAAGCGCGUAUUUUUGGCCGGUCAAGAUGGCGUUUGGCUUGGACUAAAGCCAAGAAACAAUAGUGACCUCUGAUUAUAUGACACAGUUCCCAGCUCCCUGUGUUCCUGAACGUAGGCAACCCAACAUACAUAGGUUGUCUUGAAGAACAGGAGGUUGUGUAGAAGCGAAGUUUUACUUAGGUUACGAAGAGGCUAAGGGUAGCCUGUAACUGCUAGGACUGUUACAGGAUUGACUGAACUCAAAUAGAUACAUAUAGGACUUUAGUCGAUUAAUUGCCGUUUGCACCGCCUGCCAAAUUUGCCUGUCCGAUAAAUAAAGCACAUUCUUUAAAAUGUGUAAUACCUUAAUAACACAAACUCAGAGGAGAUUUAAAUAUUUACUCCUCUAAGUACAGGCUUUCAAGGCUGUUAAUGAGCCCUUGACGUACUUUAUUAAAAAAGCCUUAAGGAUUUCAGAUUCAAAGGGUUUAGCAAUUUCUAAAGGUUGUAGUGUACUUAACCCCCGGGUUCUACGCUAACUUCACGCUACAAAAACACGGAAAUAAAGUCAACC